CAGUGACGUCAGCGCUGGCGUCUUCAGCCGGCGCGCGCAGAGACGGCCAUAUUUGAGCGGAUCGGGAGCGCAGCGCAGCGGCCCGCGCGUUCUAUCGCUCGCGUCAGCUGAUCACACGCGCGUUUAACGGACACACACGACGCGGAGAUGCCUCGCGGAGCACGCGUCUAGUUCGACCGCAUGACGUCCUUCGGCCCCGCGCUGGAGUCCUCGCGCGAAAUGGAGGUGCAGAGCGUCAGCAGCGAGGUGAAUGGACAUCAGAUGAUGGAUGAGCCGAUGGAGGAGGAGUCCUACACACACUGUGACGAGGGCGCUUAUAAAGAGAUUCCCAUCACUCAUCAUGUGAAGGAGGGCUGUGAGAAGGCCGAGCCCAGCCAGUUUGAGCUGCUCAAGGUUUUGGGACAAGGCUCCUUUGGGAAGGUGUUUUUGGUGCGGAAGUUGAUGGGUCCGGAUGCCGGUCAGCUUUAUGCAAUGAAGGUGCUCAAAAAGGCAUCUUUAAAAGUGAGGGACAGAGUUCGCACUAAGAUGGAGAGAGAUAUUCUGGUGGAGGUCAAUCAUCCUUUCAUUGUGAAGUUGCACUAUGCCUUUCAGACAGAAGGGAAACUCUAUUUAAUUUUGGAUUUUCUCAGGGGUGGGGAUGUAUUUACUCGUUUAUCCAAAGAGGUUAUGUUUACAGAGGAGGAUGUGAAAUUCUACCUUGCAGAGCUGGCCCUUGCAUUGGAUCAUCUACACAACCUAGGCAUUGUUUACAGAGACCUGAAGCCUGAAAACAUUUUGCUUGAUGAAGCUGGACAUAUCAAGUUAACAGACUUUGGGCUCAGUAAAGAAUCGGUAGAUCAGGACAAAAAAGCGUACUCGUUCUGUGGCACUGUGGAGUAUAUGUCCCCUGAGGUGGUCAACCGGAGAGGUCACACGCAGAGCGCUGACUGGUGGUCUCUCGGCGUCUUAAUGUUUGAAAUGCUGACCGGCACGUUACCGUUCCAAGGAAAAGAUAGGAACGAGACUAUGAACAUGAUUCUUAAAGCAAAGCUGGGAAUGCCACAGUUUCUAAGUCUGGAAGCACAAAGUCUUUUACGAAUGCUCUUCAAAAGAAAUCCAACGAACCGUUUAGGAGCGGGUCCUGACGGAGUGGAGGAGAUCAAACGACACGCGUUCUUCUCCACCAUCGACUGGAAUAAACUGUACCGAAGAGAACUUCAGCCUCCAUUCAAACCUGCUACAGGGAGACCAGACGACACCUUCUGCUUCGACCCAGAAUUCACAGCCAAAACUCCCAAAGAUUCUCCAGGCAUUCCCCCCAGUGCAAACGCUCACCAGCUCUUCAAAGGCUUCAGUUUUGUAGCUCCAGUCUCUCUGGAGGACAGCAAAAGUGCCCCGCUAGUCAACAUUCUCCCCAUAGUGCAGAUGCACGGAGGCUCGGCUCAGUUUGUAGACGUGUACGAGCUGAAGGAGGACAUCGGCGUGGGUUCCUACUCCAUAUGCAAGCGCUGCAUACACAGGGUCACCGCCAUGGAGUUUGCUGUGAAGAUCAUUGACAAGAGCAAGCGCGACCCGUCGGAGGAGAUCGAGAUCCUGAUGCGGUACGGCCAGCAUCCCAACAUCAUCACGCUGAAGGACGUGUACGACGAGGGCCGCUUCGUGUAUCUGGUGACGGAGCUGAUGAAGGGCGGCGAGCUGCUGGAUAAGAUCCUCAGGCAGAAGUUCUUCUCGGAGCGAGAGGCCAGCGCUGUGCUCUACACCAUCACCAAAACUGUGGACUACCUGCACUGCCAGGGGGUGGUGCACAGGGACCUGAAGCCCAGCAACAUCCUCUACAUGGACGAUUCAGGGAACCCCGACUCCAUUCGCAUCUGUGACUUCGGCUUCGCCAAGCAGCUGCGAGGAGACAACGGGCUGCUGCUCACUCCCUGCUACACGGCUAACUUCGUGGCUCCUGAGGUGCUGAUGCGGCAGGGCUACGACGCCGCCUGCGACAUCUGGAGUCUGGGAGUCCUGCUCUACACCAUGCUGGCGGGGUACACACCGUUCGCCAACGGCCCCAACGACACGCCGGAGGAGAUCCUGCUGCGCAUCGGCAGCGGGAAGUUCUCCCUGAGCGGAGGAAACUGGGACUCGGUGUCCGACUCCUCGAAGGUAGCAGACGAGUUAUCAUGCGUUCAUGACGAGUCACAGUUCAACAACAUUCCUGGCUUAAAAUAUAUAUCUGGUGCAGGCGACCAGUCAGUGGCUGGCUUGGCCUUUAUGGUACAUAUGAAGAGUUCAUUUACAAAAACCGAUAAACGCCACUUUAAAAAAAAAUGA